AUGGCCACCCUCCUCCUCAGCAAUAUCUGGGCGGCAAACGUGCAAUCCUACGGUUCACUGGUCGGCUCGCGCUUCAUCGGCGGGUUGGCUGGCGGCGUCAUCGAAGCGCUGGGGCCGCAAAUCGUGGCAGAGUGUUUCCCGAACCGACAUCUGGGCCAGGCCAUGGUCGUCUACGUCGGCUUCCUAGCAGCAGGCUCCUCGCUCGGUCCCAUCGCCGCCGGCGCCAUCGCGACGCGGCUGCACAGCUGGCGGUGGUUCUUCAACAUCAGCGCCAUCGCCGUCGGCCUCAACCUCCUGAGCAGCCUCCUCAUGUUCCCGGAAACAACCUACCCGCUGCAGCAGCACAUCGACGGCGUCACCUCCUUGGCUGCCGCCGACAGCAGCAGCAACACGCUCGACCACCUCGAGCUCCGCACCCUCCGCCCCAAAACCCCGUCCCCCAUCCCCCGCUCCACCUCCUCACCAACCCUAGUCGACGCCACCACCGCCGCAGCCGACGACGCCGCCAGCAUCGAGCUCCACACCCCCCUCCACCCCCCGCACCCGCCCCUCCUCCGCACCUGGCUCACCCGCAGCCUCUUCCUCAUCGUCUCGCGCGGCGCCGACCGCCCGCCCCGCCGCGGCAUCCUGUCUUUCCUCCGCUCCGCCGCGCCGCUCCUCGUCACGCCGCCCGUCCUCGUCACGACGCUCCUCUUCGGCCUGACGAUCGGGUGGACGGUGGUCGCCAGCAUCGUCGUGUCCGCGCAGUACUCGGCGCCGCCGUGGCUCUUCGACGCGGAGCAGGUCGGCUUCCUGAACUGGGGGCCCUUGGUCGGACUGCUGGUCGGGAUACCGGUGGGCGGCGCGGUGGCGGAUGUGCUGUAUGGGGCGCUGGCUGCGCGGAAGAAGGGUGGUGUGAAUGGUGGUGGUAAUAGUGAUCCGCGGCACCGCCUCCCUGCGGUGCUGCCCGGUGCGGUGGUUAGUCCGGCCGGGUGGCUGGUCAUGGGGUUCGCGCUGCGGGACGGGUGGGCGUGGGGCGCGACGAGCGCCGGGUGGGGCAUGGCGGCGUUUGGGCUGACGGCGUCGGCGAAUGUGAUGUUGACGUAUGUGGUCGACUGUUUUCCGGGGAAGGCGGGGGAGAUUGGGGUGUUGGUGAAUGGGAUGAAGAACUUUUUCGCGUUUGGGGUGAGUUAUGGGAGUUUGGCGUGGUAUGAGAGCGCGGGGGCGAUGGGCCAGUUUGCGACGAUGGCGGGGUUGUCGUGGGCGGUGUAUGCGGUUGUGCCGGUGUUGUAUUUUUGGAGGAAUAAAAGGAGUGAUCUGGAAUGGUGA